AUGAUCAGAGACGAUGCGCGCCUCGGACGCCGGAACAUCAUCGGUGACCACCUCCGCCAGGCGCAGCAUCGCAGCCUUGCUCGCGCCGUAGCCGCUCAUACCGGGGAUAUGAAAGUCAGUGGACUCGGUGCGGCCGGUGAGAAUGAGUUUUGCGACGCUGGCUUCGGCGAAGGAGCGGGCUAUGGUGGCCCCUAUGCCGGAGUCAUCUCCACUUAUGAGAAUUAUCCUAUCGGCAAACUCUUUGCUUGA